AUGCGGAUAUCAUUUAUACUAGCAAAGGCUUGUCUUGGGACAACUUUAAUUUUGUUUAUAGUUUUGGGAUCUGGAGGGUGGUGUAGACGCGUCCUUGGAUUCCGUGCAUCUGCUCCGGCUUUUGUUUUCUUCAGUGUAUUUUUUGUUUGGGGUGUUUAUCUUGCUAUUGUUCGAAAAGCGAAUGGAGAGAUGAUUAUGCUCAUCAUUGGUCUAUGUAGGAUCAUGAUAAAGGAUCCUGGUUUUGUGGCACACGAGUCCUGUUUGGAUGAACUUGACGAAAAUUCUGUUCUUGGUGUUCAAACUCUCAAUGAGGGUUCUCUUUUACAAAUGAGAGUACGAUACUGUAAGAGCUGCAAGACAUGCGUUCAGGGUUUUGACCACCACUGCCCUGCUUUUGGAAACUGUAUUGGUCAGAAAAAUUAUUUAAUCUUUAUUGUUCUUCUGGUUGGAUUUAUUACUGCUGAAAUUUCUUACGUAGUAUGCUCCUCCCAGUUUGCCUCAAAAUUUCAAGUUUUAAAAGAAAUUAGAAUGGGGACUGGUUCCAUUUUGGUAAUGGCAAGAAGCACAUUGCUUUUUUGUGUUCUACAAGUGCUGUGGCAGGGGCUAUUUCUGAUAUGGAAUGUCUAUUGCAUAUGUUUCAAUAUCAGAGCUGAAGAGUGGGUAAACUGGAAGAAGUAUCCAGAGUUCCAACUUAAUGUUUCAUCUUUACCAGGUGACAUUUUUAUUAGAACAAUUCUUAUUUCUGGAUAUCCAUGUUUUAUAAUGUUCUCUCUCUCUCUCAUUUUUAUUCAAUUGUCUGCAUCCAGGAGAGAACUUUCAUGAGAUGAGGUUUAAAAAUCCAUAUAAUAAAGGAUUCCUGAGAAAUGUCAAGGAGUUCUUAACGUUGAAAUGAUGGAAGUCUUGCUGCUCAUCUUGCUUCUGGUGCAAACCCUGGUUGUUUUGCCUCUCUCAUGCUUAGCUCCAGUUUUCCUUGGCGACAGUUUUGACUUCUCAAACACGAGUGCAUACUGCAAAGUUUCGAUAUUUGGUUUUUCAGGACAUGCCUCUAGAAGGUCAAUUAGAGGGUGCUGAUUAGUGUGCAGCAUUUUUGGUGCAUGGCAGCAGAAUUACAUGUGCGGGAUACCGAUCCAACUGAAGAAACUAGCUUCGUCAAUGUUCAUGGCUUCCCUUUGGAUCACAUAAAACAAUACAGAAACUGAAGCAUUGUAUUGAAGUUCCAAUGCCACUAUGAGAGAUCAAGAAAACACAAGAUGCUUUAAUUUUUGUUCCUUUUUCUUUUUUGAGUAAAAUGCUAUUAGCUUUAACAUUAAAUUAUGAAGAUGAAAGAUUUGAUAUUACUUGAUAGAAACUUACCUAUGCAAGAUGUUGGCUGUAGAAAUAGUUUGUUCCUGCACUGUUUCUUUGAAUUCGGUUUGUGAAAUUGUAUUUGCCAAUCUCUCUCCACCAUCCUAACGAACCACCAUGGUCUUCUAUUGUGGAAACAAUAUAACCAAGAUUCAGUCAUAGCACCACUCCACAUCCAUAUCCCAUCAUUGCACAUGUAAUUGUCUUUUUUCUUUUGCCUUCAAAAGACUAUUGUAUUUGCAAUGAUGGGAUUUGGAUGUAGAAUGGAGUUAGGAUUGAAUUUGGGUUAUAUUGUUUUUACAACAGGAAAACUAUCGUGGUUUGUUAGAAUGGUUGGGAGAGAUUGAUAAUACAAUAUAACAAAUUGAAUCCAAAGAAACAGAGCAAGAAUAAACUAGUUUUGUAUCUAACAUCUUGUUUAGGUAAGUCUCUAGCAAGUAUAUCUAAAGUUUCAUCUUCUUAAUAUAAUAUUUAAGCUAAAUCAAAUGUUU